AUGCGCGCGAUCCAGAUCCUCGACGGGUCGGUGCCGCUGACCAGGGCGAUCAACUUCCUUCAUAUCGGUUACUUUAGCUCGAUUGCCAUCGCCGAAACAUACAGCUCCGUCUUGCUGAUCGGAUUCCUUCGGAAGGCGUAUCAGACGGCGCUGAUCGUUUCCUCCAUGCGACCGGUUUUGAGGUAUCUGUUAUGGUCGACUGAGAUACGCCUCUCGGGCCUCUGUCUGGUCGGCAUUGUGCGCGCUGCGACGUACCCAUUCCAGCUUGUUGAGCAGCAUGCCGUGAAUAUCCCUAACCAAAUUGACCGUUUUGUCUACUCCCUGGAGUGUCUAUUUCCCGUACUUCUGAUCAUUGACAUUGUUGUUCCAAAGGACCGAGGAGCUGGUGAAUUACAUAAGAUUAUCUCGGUCUCCUCUCGAGAUGUGCACCACGCUAGACGUUCUCUGCCCUCCCCGCUGGAUAGCUGGUCUUCAGCCCCACCGGUGCCGGAUAAACAAUGUACCAAAGGUAUCACAACACCCGAGUCGACUGACCUGACAGUCAGCUGCCGGUGCCAUGAUACGCAGCCCCGCCAACAAGUCUGA